ACUAAUUUGCUAGUUUAAUACAAGUUGAUUUUGUUCCUAAAAAAAGAUAAGCAACAAGCAUGGAGGAUAAGUUUUUCUGUCUGGUUUUGGCCCUUCCCUUUCUUCUUCUUGCCUUAAACUUCUGGUUACGAAGAAGCACACAACACAGAAACCUCCCACCAAGCCCACCUGCUCUUCCAAUUAUAGGUCAUCUCCCUCUACUCAAUCUUCCCCUCCAUCGAUCUCUCCACACUCUUUCACAAAAAUAUGGUCCAAUAAUUUCUCUCCGAUUCGGUUCCCGCCGAGUGAUGGUUGUAUCAUCUCCGUCCGCGGUGGAAGAAUGCUUGACAACAAAUGACAUUGUUUUCGCCAAUCGUCCUCCCUUAACCAUGGCCAAGUUCGUAGCUUACAAUUGCACCACCAUUGGAACAGUCUCAUACGGCAACCACUGGCGCAACCUCCGCCGGAUAAGCACUCUUGAAAUUUUCUCAUCGAAUCGUCUAAACGUGUUCACAGGCAUCCGGAGAGACGAAAUCAAGAUUUUCCUGAACAAACUCUAUAGCGUCUCGAGCCAUGAUUUUGCUAAGGUAGAGUUGAAACCAAUGCUCAUGGAACUAACUUUCAACAUUAUCAUGCGCAUGGUUGCCGGGAAGCGGUACUACGGCGAAGAAGAGACUGGAAAGAACAAGGCAGAGGCAAAGGAAUUCCGGGAGAUGAUAGCAGAGGUUUUUGAAUAUGCUGGAGCGUCAUAUCUUGGAGAUUUCUUGCCUUUCUUGCAGUGGAUUGACUACCAGGGUUAUCUGAAGAGAGCGAUGAGACUUGGCAAAAGAACUGAUAGGUUAUUGCAAGAUCUUAUUGACGAGCAUCGGUGUGACGAAAAAGCAAGUUCCCAGAGAAGGAAUAAUACCAUGAUCGGCCAUCUUCUUUCUUUGCAAGAAUCACAACCAGAAUACUAUACAGAUGAAAUUAUCAAGGGCCUGGUUCUGGAGAUGUUAUUUGCUGGUACCGAGUCAUCAGCUGUUACAUUGGAAUGGGCAAUGUCCAAUCUGCUUAAUCACCCUCAAGUUUUGGAGAAGGCAAGGAAUGAGUUGGAAUUAAAUGUUGGUGAAGAAACCUUUAUGGAUGAGUCUGAUCUUUCUAAGCUACCAUAUCUUCAGAAUAUCAUAUCAGAGACCCUGAGAUUGUAUCCAGCUGGUCCAUUGCUUACUCCACAUUUAUCAUCCCAAGAGUGUAGUGUUGGAGGAUACCAUGUGCAACCCAAUACUGUGCUACUUGUUAAUGCAUGGGCUAUGCACAGAGAUCCUGAGCUUUGGGAUGACGCAGUUGUGUUUAAACCUGAGAGGUUUGAGUGUACUCCAGGCAACAAGUUUUUGCCUUUUGGCUUGGGAAGAAGGUCGUGUCCUGGGACAGGUCUUGCCAACCGAGUUGUAGGGUUUGCUUUGGGGUCUAUGAUUCAUGGCUUUGAAUGGAAAAGGGCAAGUGACGAGGAAAUUGACAUGUCUGAAGGGGUUGGGCUCACCAUGCCAAAGGCCAAACCAUUGGAAGCAAUGUGCAAGGCACGUAAUAUAAUGAAGAGAGUUUUAUCUUCUCCUCUCUGA